AUGGCCCCAGCCGUGUGGUCGCGCCUCGGCCGCCUGCUCUGGCUCGCCUGCCUCCUGCCCUCGGCGCCGGCGAGGGUGGCCGCAGGCCCGUAUGAACUCAAUCUCACCACCGACGGCCCAGCCACCACUGGAGCAGAGGUGACCGUCUCGGCCAGCCUGGUGGCCAAGGACAACGGCAGCCUGGCCACGCCCCCUGACACCCACCUGUACCGCUUCCACUGGAUCCACAGCCCGUUGGUGCUCACCAGUAAGACGGAGAAGGAGCUCACCUCCACCAUCCGCGUGCUGGGCAACCUGCCUGGCGACUUCCCUGUGUCCGUAUGGGUCACCGCCACCGACUGCUGGAUGUGCCCGCCCGUGGCCAGGAGCUUCACUGUCCUCACCAUCACAGAUUCUCUGGUGGGGACCCUCGUGGUGACCCAGAACAGCUCCCUGCCCUGGCCCAGCUCCUACCUCACCAAGACGGUCCUCAAAGUCGCCUUCUUGCUCCACGACCCCAGCGACUUCUUCAAGAGCGCCUCGUUCCUCUACAGCUGGGACUUCGGAGAUGGGACCCUGAUGGUGACCGAAGAUGCUGUGGUCUACUACAACUACUCCAUCAUCGGGACCUUCACGGUGAAGCUCAAGGUGGUGGCCGAGUGGCAGCAAGCCAAGCCGGGCGCCACCAUGGGCGUUGUGCAGAAGACCGGCGACUUCUCCGCCUCACUGAAGCUGCAGGAAACCCUUCGGGGCAUCCAAGUGCUGGGGCCCACCCUGAUCCAGACCUUCCAAAAGAUGACAGUGACCUUGAACUUCCUGGGGAGCCCGCCCCUGACCGUGUGCUGGCGUCUCAAGCCUCAGUGCCUCCCGCUGGAGGAAGGGGAGUGCCACCCUGUGGCCGUGGCCAGCACAGCUUACAACCUGACCCACACCUUCCGGGACCCGGGGGACUACUGCUUCAGCAUCCGAGCCGAGAACGUCGUCAGCAGGACGCACCAGUACCACAGAAUCCAGGUGUGGCCCUCCAGUCUCUCCCUCCCAGGCAUCCAGCCAGCCGUCUUUGCUUUUCCGUGCGCCACGCUGAUCACCGUGAUGCUGGCCUUCAUCAUGUACAUGACUCUUCGCAACGCUACCCAGCAAAAGGACAUGGUGGAGGUGGCUGAUUUUGACUUUUCCCCCAUGUCUGACAAGAACCCGGAGCCGCCCUCUGGGGUCAGGUGCUGCUGCCAGAUGUGCUGCGGGCCCUUCUUGCUGGAGACCCCGUCCGAGUACCUGGAGAUCGUCCGCGAGAACCACGGGCUGCUCCCACCCCUCUACAAGUCCGUCAAAACUUACACUGUGUGAGCGCCACUGACUCGGGCACGUGCCCCUGAGCGGCGGGGGUUCACGCGUUGUGGGGGGGGGGGUAUCUGUCUGUACAGGCCAGCGCUUGCCACCCCCUCCAGACCAUGUGCCCAUCUGUACCACAAGCCCUGCUCAGUUACCCUCAGCCCACCGCCUGCCACAGAGGACCCUGCCAACAACAGGUGUUGUCCCUGUUCCCGGACCACUGGGUCCCGCUGCGCCUCACCCAUCCCUCUCAUACUAGCCUGGCUGUCGUCUGUCCGGAGGCUGUUGGGAGUAGAUACAUAAGGAAAGAUUGCUCACUCCAUGAGUGCGGACACAGACACACACACACACACUCACACAACCACUCAGAAACACACACAGCAACACGCACUCACACAUGUCCCAUAGGCGUCUCGCUCUGUAUCUGCCGAGGCACCUGCUGGGAUGCACCUGAAUUGGAACACAAUGCAGUCUGGCCCCCUGCCCAGCUCCUACCCCCACCCCGUGCAUUGUCCCCGCAGCUCCCAGGUUGCCUCUGGAGGCCACCACCUUCCCUGCCUGUUUGCUGGGAGCUAGAGGAGAGCAGGAUGAGACUUUGCGAGUGACACAGUUUCUGUUGAGGAAAAGGAGAGGUGGAGUCCCUGGGGACCUGGAUCCCAGGGGAGCAGGUGGUAGGGUGCGGCAGCCCUGCCUUCCCAGCUGUCCCCCGGGGCGGUGGCAGGGGAGCCCAGGGACGUGGGGGAGGCCCCGCAGAGGAGAGAGCAGGUGCUAAGGGUGGUGAGGAUUGAGCUCAGGUGUGCAGCCUGCACCUGUGGGGCAGGGACGGGCAAGACAGCAGGGGCGGGGCUCUGUGGCUGUCACCGUUUGCUCUCCGAUUCUGUGCUAGAACCCACACUGCCGUGCCGUCACUUUCAUGAACCACCGCCAUUCCUGCUGGAUAAAGCUUGUGUGUU